UAAACUUAUUGGACGGCGGUCUUGCUUUACAGCUCCAGGCCGCUUUUUACGGCAUUUUCCGGCUUUCCAUUCACUUCGCUGUGAAGAUGGCGUCGGGCAGCGGGACAAAAAACUUGGACUUUCGCCGAAAGUGGGACAAAGAUGAAUACGAGAAGCUCGCCGAGAAGAGGCUCACGGAAGAGAGAGAAAAGAAGGAUGGAAAACCAGUGCAGCCAGUCAAACGGGAACUUCUGCGGCAUAGGGACUACAAAGUGGACUUGGAAUCUAAGCUUGGGAAGACAAUUGUCAUUACCAAGACCACCCCACAGUCUGAGAUGGGAGGAUAUUACUGCAAUGUCUGUGACUGUGUGGUGAAAGACUCUAUCAACUUCCUGGAUCACAUUAAUGGAAAGAAACAUCAGCGAAACCUAGGUAUGUCUAUGCGUGUGGAACGUUCCACCCUGGAUCAGGUGAAGAAACGUUUUGAAGUCAACAAGAAAAAGAUGGAAGAGAAGCAGAAAGAUUAUGAUUUUGAAGAAAGGAUGAAAGAGCUCAGAGAAGAGGAGGAAAAGGCUAAAGCAUAUAAGAAAGAGAAACAGAAGGAGAAGAAGAGGAGGGCCGAGGAAGACUUGACAUUUGAAGAAGAUGAUGAGAUGGCAGCUGUGAUGGGCUUCUCUGGCUUUGGUUCCACCAAGAAGAGUUACUGAGGCUUUCUAUGCUUGGCCUAACUUUGGCCUAUGCUGGACCUAACUUUGUGUGUGUGUUAGGGGGAUCAUUUCUUUUUGGGUACUGGGGAAAGUCCUUAAGAGUGUCUGUGGGCAGGGCUAAAGGGUGGGUGUUUGUGGCUUCCCUCUACUGUGGGAGAGGACACAGGAUGCAGAGGUAAUGCUGUGGCAAAUUCCUUUAGCUUCCAGUAUAUCACUGGAGUCACAAGACCUCUGCCCAUCUGAGUUCCCAAUAAAGAAAGGCCUCCCCUUCUGAGACUGCUUUCCCAAAACUCCCUCUGCAUCUUUCCCUCUUCAUCUAUCUAACCUCUUGUCUGAGCAUCCUACCUUUAUCCUGUGUUCUGCCUUUGUUUUAUUUUUGACUUGUUCAGCUUGCACCAGAAGGAUUCUCUGGGUCCCCAUUUUCCAGCAGAUGCCAUAUUUUUGACCAGCCCUGCCUCCCAUCCUGCCCUAUGGUUCUCUAGCCUCCUCCUGUGCAUGCAUGUGUAUUUCUGCCUGGGUCAAUGGUAUGUGUGGAUUGUGUGCAUGAAUCUGUCACAAAGAGGGGAGCCUGAGCUAGAAUCUCAGAGCAUUGCUGCCCUGGGGCCUGAUGUUCUUGGUUUCCUUAGCGCAUGUAACAGGAAAUUAAAUGGGAUGAGUGUUUGGUGUGGUUUCUGUCUGCUGAGUUUUUUAACAUUGUUCUUCAGAUGUGGACUGUUUUACCUUCUCCAGUUUGUUUCAUUUUACUGAAGAUUUCUUUGUUUUUGUCUUCCUUGUGAGCAGGCUCUUGGAAGAACCUGUUUGAUGCAAAAAAAGAAAAUGGAAAAAAAAAAAAAAAAAACACAAACCAACCAAAACCCAAAAAAUACAACCAAGCAAACAAACUCACUGUGGGAGCCCUUGGGUCUCAGAGGUUAUUCAACAUGUAUAAUAAAUGGCAUUGACUGGGCCUGUUUCACAUUU